AUGAGAUCUCAGGACAAUGCGAUCGAGACGAUCAUCUGCGGCGGAACAGCUGGUCUUGUUUCGCGCUUCUUUAUAGCGCCGCUUGAUGUUCUCAAGAUUCGCCUACAGCUUCAAACAAGUCCAUUCGGGACACCCCCUGCGGCUGUGCUGCCUCUUGCAAGCCAGUCGCACACGCCAAGGCUCUAUCAUGGUAUAGUACAUGGCUUCCAAACAAUCAUCAAGCAAGAAGGCGUCCGCGGGUUAUGGAAAGGCAAUGCCUCUGCAGAGGUGCUGUAUGUAUCCUAUGCAGCUUCUCAAUUCAUGGCCUACAAGUAUGCCCUCGCAACGUGUGCAUUCAUCAUGCCAAGCUUUACUGGGACAACUCCUCCAGCGACGCAUGCCUUUGUAUCUGGUGCUUGUGCCGGUUGCUUCGCCACGGCCAUCACAUACCCUUUUGAUCUCUUACGCACCCGUUUCGCAGCGCAAGACGGUGAGUCGAGACUUUACUACUCCAUUGCUGGCGCAGUGCGUCAGAUCACAAAAGGUGAAGGUGUGCGCGGCUUGUAUCGCGGCUUGAAUGCAAGUCUUAUUCAGAUCAUGCCGUACAUGGGUUUACUCUUCGGCAUCUACGAGCCUUGUAGACAAGGUAUUGAUACGCUGCUUCAAUCCCCAUCAGCACAAUCUUUGGGCAUCCGAAAUGGCAUGGGCUGGGAUAGUGCGAUUGCUGGCGUACUGGCAGGUACAUGGGCUAAAACGGCAGUUUUCCCGCUGGACGUAGUACGCAAACGACUCCAAGUUCAAGGGCCAAGUCGUGAAGCCUACAUCAUCAAGGGCAUUCCAGUUUACACCUCUACAUUGUCCGGCCUCACGAGUAUCUUGUCGCGCGAAGGGUUCCGAGGCCUCUAUCGUGGUCUUGGCGUGUCACUUCUGAAAUCUGCACCAAGCAGUGCCAUCACACUGUGGACAUAUGAUCAAACAUCAAGGCUCCUUCACAGGCUAGAAAAGUCUUGGCAAGUUUCUGAUUGA